AUGGCACGACACUACUACGACGACGAAGAACUCGACAUCCACAUCUCCCGCGAAACACGGAACCGCGAUCCCGCCGCUCCGAUCCCCUACCGACGACCCCAAUACCCACCCGUCCCCGCCUACCGCUACGGCACGAGCACCUAUCUCACCCCCGAGAUAUCCUCUGGCAUCCGACGCUCCAGAUCAACCGGGCAUCGCGAACGCUCGCCCGUUCCUCCACCUCCCCCCGCCGCCCCCGCCCCCCUCGCUCAACCCAUCAUCGUCGAUAAUUCCCGCCGCAUCUACAACGACUACGACAGCGACAGCGACUCCUCUUCCGCCUACGAAUCCCGACGCGCGCGAAGCCGCUUGAGCGUGGGUGAAGUGGGAGGGCGACGCAAACAUCGCAGUCGCAGCCACAGUCGUCAUGUGAGUCUUUCGCACAGCCAUAGUCCGUCGUCCUCAGGGCGACCGAGCUUCACGCGCGAUGAUUUUGAGUUGGAGCGUACGCGCGCGGAGCUCGAGCGGAUUAGGUUGGAGAAGGAGAGGGAGCGGAGUGAGAGGUUAGUGCGGGAUGGGGGGGAGUUGGCUCGAUAUAGAGCGGAGAGUGAGAGGGAGAGAAAUGAAAGAUUGUUGCGCGAGGAUAUCGAAUUGCGCAUGACGAAGGGGGAGCUAGAACGGUACAAGUCCGAGCGGGAGCGGGAGCGCGAGCGCGAGCGCGAGAAGAACGAGAGGUUGUUGAGAGAAGAUGUGGAGCUGCGCAUGACGAAAGGAGAACUGGAGCGCAUCCGAUCCGAGAAAGAGAUGGAAAAGAAAGAACGCAUAUUACGGGAAGAAUUCGAGCUGCUCUCUCUCAAGGAAGAAAAGAAGCGCAUGGAGAAGGAAAAGCGCACGCAGGAAGAGAGGGAGCGGGCUGAUAAGGAAAUUCGUGACACAUACGAGCGUAUGAAGCGAAUGGAACAGGAGCGACACGCUCGCGAGAAGAAAGAACACGAUGAAGCCAUCGAGAAGUACAAGCGCGAAGAAGCCGAGAAGGCGGCGCGCGAGCGCAAAGAACGGGAAGAAAUCAUCGAGAAGUUCAAGAAGCAAGAAGCGGAUCGUUUGGCUCGUGAGAGACACGAGAAGGAGGAGAGAGAAAAGGAAUACCAGAGACGUCUGCAUGAAGAUCUGCAUAAAGCGGGUUUGAACGAACAACAAAUCGGAGCGGUGAAAGCUGGAAAGGCUCUCCCGCCUCCACAGGUUCAGAUGCCUCCGCCGCCGCCACCACCAGUUCAACAUCCUCCGCAAUAUCAAAUCCAACCUGCGGCUCCGAGACCAACGUACACGAGAAUGUCGAGAAAACAUUUGUCGAUUGAAACUUUGAGGGUUUAUGGAAUUUCGUAUGAAUUUGAUAAAGAGGACCCCGAAUUCCUCCUCAUCAAACGCUGGGUCCCCGAAGACGAGCAAGACAUCCUCUGGACACACACCCGUCAACUGCGCGAAACACGUGCUCCACCCCACACCCACAAUCAACAACACACCAUCGAAUACGUCAAGGAGUACGUCGUUGAAGAUCGUCACAAGAAGAAACAUCAUCACAAGGGUGAUGAUUUGCAAUUGGUGAUUGAGAGGAAGCAUAAGCAUAGUCAUAGUCAUGGCGGGAGUAGAAGCCCGAGUCCUUUUGUUAGGUGGGCUGCUGGGAGGUAA